AUGGAAUUGUUGGAAAGAAGAAGGGCUUUCAGGCUUGAUCCGAAUGCGUCGCACAUUGAGCGGUUAGUAGCAAACACUAGCUGCAGAAAAGCGUUGCAGGAGGAUUUUUUGAAGUACAGGCAGAAGAACAUUCUAGAAGCAGCACAAAGAAGAACGAGUCUAAAGAAGUGCCGCAGGGAUCUUCGCGAAUAUAAUAUUCCGCUAGCAACCUUGCUGAGCGAAGACGGGACUCGCACGUCUUCUCGUCGUGAGAUGGAAAUCAUCACGGAAAGGUUCUACUCGAACCUUUUCCGUUCAUCAACUCCUGUGUCAAGCCCAAUCAUCCCCACUGGCGAAGCUCCACCACGGAUUCUCCCUUCGGAAGUACGAGUCGCUAUCAAGGGCAUGAAACUUGGCACAGCCCCCGGACCUGAUUUUAUAUCAGCAGACUUUCUUCGGGCUGGUGGCCAUCCGCUCCAUGUAGCUGUUAGCAGCGCACAUGACAUCCUAUCUUCAGAAAGAAAGGAUCCCAGACCAGUGGAAGACCUCGCGAACCGUUCUUAUCCAUAA